ACUGUGCAUGAAGCAGGUCAGUUUGAUUACAGCUAUUCUCCAUUCUCCAAUUACGUAGUUCAUUAAUUAACACACAACAAUAUGAACACAAAACAAUAUACCUUGCUUCUAUGCCCUUGAAUCUCCUUUCUCAACCAUCCUUUUCACCUUUUUUUUGUCUCUUUUUCUAUCCAUUCUUUAGUCCUCCUGACUUUAUGGACGGCUGUUUGUCCAUCACUUGUAAGCAUAGAUAGAUUCCUUAGCCCAUCCAUCACCCAUUGCCAACCUUUCCCCACUAUAAAUCCAUCCCUCUCAAGUGCCAUCUUUUGCUAGCCAACUAGAACAAAACAAAACUCUUAAUGGCCACCACCUAUGCUUAUUAUGGUUGUUCCUCUUCCCAAAGAUCAAUGGCCAUGGUCUUGGCUCUGGUCUCAGCAGUGGUCUUGUCCCCCUUAUAUGCCAACAACUCAAAGAGUGACAGGAGGUACUAUGAGUCAAAAUGGAGCUCUAGUCUUCUUCUGCCUAUGCUUCUUGCUGGACUCAUAAUUGCCAUCAGAACAACCUCUUCAUCUUCAUCAUCUCCAAGACCCUCAUUUCUGCUAUCUCCUGACCCAUCGUGGGUGCUCAGAAUUGGAAGCACUUCUUGGGGUUUGGCGGGGAUCUUGCUUAUGCUUAUGCUUGUUCUUCAUUGGCAAGCAUCCUUUCAAGAUUUCUUUUCCAGAUAGGACCAAGCAAGGUUUCUGUUUCUAUGUGUAUUCUAUUUUUUUAACGUAAUAAUAUCAGAAACCGAGAGUUUUGCGUUGCAUUUUCA